AGAGAGAGCAGGGGAGGGUGAGGGAGAAAGAGAGGAAAAGAGUGAGUGAGGGAGAGAGAGGGAGGGGGUGAGGCUGAAGCAGUCACUCUGGGAGGGAAGAUUCCAGGGUGAUGCUGUUGGAUGUGAGCCGCUCUUCGCUUAGCGCUCUCUGGCUGUCCUUUGACUGAGCCAGUGCUGAGUGAGUGUGCUAGCUGUGAUCCACCAGCUCUGGGGGGAUCUGCUGCUGCUUGGACUGAGGCAGAAUCUGACUGGCCAUUUCCCUGCUGAGGCUGUCUGGAGCAGAGAAGGGUUGACUGGAGCUGAGGUCCAGGGCAGGGCAGGGCAGGGCAGGGCAGGGCAGGGCAGGGCAGAGCUGGCUGUUGGGCCGUUUGCGCCAGGGCCCCACAGAAAGCAAACAUGAGCGUUCCAAUGCUAAAGAUCGGGGCGGUGCUCAGCACCAUGGCCAUGGUGACCAACUGGAUGUCUCAAACCCUGCCCUCUCUAGUGGGACUCAACGGGACCACCAUUUCCAGAGGGGGCACCUCGGAAAGGAUUGUCAGCGCCCUGUACCCGAGCCCGGAGGAGGGCUGGCAGAUCUACAGCUCGGCACAGGACGCAGAUGGGAAAUGUAUCUGUACCGUGGUCGCACCAGCCCAGAACAUGUGUAACCGCGACCCACGCAGCAGGCAGCUCCGCCAGCUCAUGGAGAAGGUUCAAAAUAUUAGCCAAUCAAUGGAGGUGCUGGACCUGCGGACAUACAGAGAUCUACAGUACGUGAGAAACACGGAGAGUCUAAUGAAAGUGGUGGAUGGAAAGCUGAAGGUGGCCUCGGAAAAUCCCCGCAGUCUCAAUCCAAAGGGCUUUCAGGAAUUGAAAAACAAGGUGACUGAGUUGCUCCCCCUGCUGCCAGUACUGGAACAAUACAAGACAGAUGCCAAGAUGAUUCUUCGCCUUCGGGAGGAGGUGAGGAAUCUGUCCUUGGUGCUUAUGGCCAUCCAAGAAGAGAUGGGGGCCUAUGACUAUGAGGAGCUUCGUCAGAGAGUCCUGCUUCUGGAAACCAGGCUUCACUCCUGCAUGCAGAAACUAGGAUGUGGGAAGCUGACCGGUGUAAGUAAUCCAAUCACAGUGCGUGCAUCAGGGUCGAGGUUUGGCUUCUGGAUGACAGAUACCAUGAUCCCAAGCUUAGACAGCAGAGUGUGGUCCAUGGAUGGUUACUUCAAAGGACGCCGUGUCCUGGAGUACCGCACAAUGAAUGAUUUCAUGAAAGGCCAGAACUUUGUGCAACACUUGCUGCCUCAUCCCUGGGCAGGCACUGGUCACGUGGUCUACAACGGCUCACUGUACUACAACAAGUACCAGAGCAACAUCAUCAUCAAGUACCACUUCCGUUCUCGAAGUGUGCUGAUACAGCGCAGCCUGAGUGGGGCCGGGUACAACAACACCUUUCCCUACUCCUGGGGCGGCUCCUCUGACAUCGACCUUAUGGCAGAUGAGAACGGCCUGUGGGCCGUUUACACCACCAUCCCCAACGCUGGGAACAUUGUCAUCAGUCGCCUGGAGCCACAGAGUCUGGAAGUGUUGCAAACUUGGGACACAGGUUUUCCCAAACGCAGUGCUGGAGAGUCAUUCAUGAUCUGUGGCACACUUUACGUCACCAACUCCCACCUGGCUGGUGCCAAAAUCUACUUUGCCUACUACACCAACACAUCGAGCUAUGAAUACACAGACAUCCCCUUUCACAAUCAAUACUCCCACAUCUCCAUGAUGGACUAUAACCCCAGGGAGAGGGUCCUGUACACAUGGAACAACGGACACCAGGUGCUCUACAAUGUCACACUGUUCCAGGUUAUUAAGACUUCUGGGGACUGAAAGCUUCAGAGGGACUUACUCAAAUAAUGCUGUGAUCAUUGGUUGGGGAGGGAUAAAUAAGAUAUGUAGAUGUGGGUACAGACUGUGGGGGAUGUGGGGUUGGGGGCUUUGGUUUAUGGGCAAAGGCUUGGAUUUUUUAACAAUUUCAAUCUUCAUAGAGUGCUAUUAUUCACAUUCUGAAAAAACACUCUGACAGCAACGUCGGUAAAGAUACAAGGACUGAACGCUUCUCUUUUUUUCUUUCUGUGAUGAGUAAGCAUGGUUCUUUUUAUUUGUGAUGAUAAAUAAAAUAUCAAUCUUUACCAUUUA